AUGAGGCCCAAUCUGAUCCAGAUGUAUAUAAAUGCAACCCACUCCCUUCUCCUCCUAAACCAAGCCGCCACUUCCUUCUUCUCCUCCCACCACGCGUCCACGCCGGAGCCCCUCUCGGCUCCCUUCUCCUUUUCUUCCCAGUCAGCCGCUGCCCUCUCCCUUCUCUCCCUUCCUCCACACCAGCAGCAGCACCAGCGUGGAGGAGCAGCGGCCACAGCGCAGCAGCAGCACCCGCCUGGAGGAGGAGCACCGGCGUGCUGCGCCUGGAGCUGCGUCCGCGAUGCUUGGAGAAGCGGCCAGCGGCGCACGGCGGCUGGAGGAGGAGCUAGCGGCGGCGCCGGUUCCGUCGGCCUCGACCUAGCCCGCGGCCGGAUCCGGUCUCCUCUUGACAAGGACGGCCGCCGUGAAGAGGAGUCCAUCCCCGCCUUCUCUAUGGGUCCCCGUCGCCGCCACCGGAAGACGAGGAGGUCGUCGCCGAUCUGGGUUCAGUGCUCCGGUGCCGUCGGCCUCUUCUCCGGCCUCCCCUCUCAGAGCGGGCGACGAGCAGCUCCGUCGGCGGCACCGGCGUCCUCCGACGUACGUUUGGGGCGGGUCUGCGAGUGGCCCGUAUUUUUUUUAUUUUUUUUGAAAUUCUAUUAGUGUCGGAUCUGGGUGUGCCCGCCACUGGUGGGUGCCCUCGUCGGUGUCGGCUCGUGCACACGCCCACCACUGAUGUCUCUCAGUGGCCAACGGCUAGUGGCGGUAGUGGCGGUCGAAUGACACGGCACUGAUCUUUUUUUUGUCCGCCACAAAGUAACUACUGUAGACUCCUAUUCAUAGCCUGAAUAUUUCUAAUGCCAAGACCUCCUAAUUUUUCUGCCA